AUGACCGGAGCCAACAUCACCAAAGAAGCAGAAUGUUCCACCCUUCGAAGAAGGCGUGGUUCAAUACAAGCUGCCAUCACCAACUUUACCUCAAUUGUGGAAAUGUAUCGAAUCACUCCCAAGGAAGAUCGGAAGCCUUAUCAACUUCGGGCUGCUCUUCAACGACUCCAGGAUCGCUUCAAGACUCUCCCAGAGAUCCAGGAACGACUAGAGGAGUUAGACGAAAACGAGGUACAGAGACAAUUCGAGUUAGAGGAUUCCUUUGAUACUGUUGUUGGAGAUGCUCUGGAACUGCUCGACCAGCACGAGCUGCAGAGAUCCAGAGAAUCUUCAAUAUCGCAGUCUCCAGCACCAGCACCUCCAACAGUCGUCCACAAUCUACCUUGUCGACCUCGUCUACCAGAGAUCAGGGUCCCUGACUUCGAUGGAGCAAUUGAAGAAUUCCCAACAUUCUGGGAUGCAUACUCAAGCGUCAUCCACGACAACACAGAUUUGGAAGCCGUACAGAAGUUCCAAUAUCUACGAGGAUUGCUCAAGGGAGGAGCGGCUGCAGUAAUUAGCUCACUAACCACAACAGAGGAAAAUUACGCAAUAGCGAUCGGCAUCCUCAAGAAGAAAUACGAUUGUAAAAAGAAGAUUCUUCGCAGACAUUGGGCUAUCCUGAGAGACUACCCGCCUUUACAACGCGACUCUCCAUCAGAAUUGGGAAAACUAGUUGAUGUGAUGAACCAACACAUUCAAGCAUUGGAAACGCUUGGACAAAAGGUUGCAUAUUGGGAUCUCCCGCUCACUGAUCUCAUCACUCAGAAGCUAGCACAGGAGACCAUUUGGCAAUGGGAGCUCAAUACUCAGGGAGUAGACUUGCCAACAUACAAACAACUGUUGGAAUUUCUAGAAGCAAGAGCGACGUGUCAUGAUGCUAGAACAGCAUCAUUUAAGGGCUACCCAUCAACCUCAUCAGAGAGAUCAAUUUCUGAUAAGAGGAACCAGAAGAAGCCCCGGAGACAGGCCUUUGCUACAUCACCGAUAGCUCCAGCAGCAUCAACCCCAUCAUUAACAACAUCGUUCUGCAUCCUCCAAUGCGAGACAUCACAUCGGCACCUCAGCAAGUGUCCAGUCUUCAGCGGUCUCACACCAGAUCAGAGGUUCGUUAAGGUUAAAUCAACCAACCACUGCAUUAACUGCCUUAAACCAGGGCAUACAUCCUCCGUCUGCACAUCCACAACAGACUGCCGAAUCUGCAAGGGGAGGCAUCAUACUCUUCUGCACAGAUCCACACAAGGCUCAUCCACUCGAAGAACAGCUCUGAUUGUGAAUUCCUCUACAUGCGAUCUGAUGGUCACCGCUCAAAUUAACGUACUCAACAUUCACAGACAACCUGUCAGAUGCCGAGUACUUCUAGACACGGGGUCGACCACCAAUUUCAUUAGAGAAGGUCUGGCAGUCUCGCUGAAUCUACCGCUGAAGCCAUUUGCUGUACCCAUAGGAGCUCUGAACGACACCAACACGUCAACAAGAUACUUGGUUAGAGCAACGAUACGGUCUCGGAUAAGUGAAUAUGAAAGGACACUUGACUUUUUAACAGUUCCUGUCAUCACACAAGCCAUUCCCGAUCAACCUUUAGACCACAAGAAGAUAAGGAUUCCAGCCAAUAUAAUACUUGCUGACCCUGAUUUUCAUUGUCCUGCAUCCGUGGACAUGCUCCUCGGAUCAGGGCUAACACUCUCACUUCUCGGUGAAGGCAGAAGAAAACUUACGCCAGCGGAUCAAUUAGAGCUGUAUCUUCAGCAGACUCUGCUCGGCUGGGUAAUUGGAGGAAGCGCGCCAACGAUGCAGCCGGUGCGUCAACGCAUAUGCCAUGCACUCAACACCUCCAGCCUCGACGUCGAUCUCACCAAGUUUUGGGAAAUUGAAGAAGCUGACACCACUCCAUCUUCAACCAGCGAUAAUUCAGAAUGCGAGCAACACUUCCAGGAGAACGUCAAACGCGAUAACUGCGGCAGGUACAUUGUCGCUUUGCCGUUUAACGGAAAAAAGGCUCUGAUCGGAGAAUCAAGAUCACGAGCUUUUCGCCGACUGAAGUCAUUGGAACGAAGGCUGGAUGGAAAUGCUGAGCUCAAAGGACAUUAUCAUGCUGUCAUCCAGGAAUACCUCGACCUUGGCCACCUCACAGAAGUCACCGGGGGAGACUUAUCACAAUUUGGAUAUUAUCUGCCACAUCAUGCUGUGAUAAAGGAGUGCAGCACCACAACCAAGGUCCGUGUUGUCUUUGACGGUUCAUCAAAGACCAGCACCGGAGUGUCUCUGAACGAGACUCUACAUGUCGGACCUACAAUCCAAGACGACAUAUUCUCGCUGCUUCUCCGCUUCCGUCUGUAUCCAUAUGUGCUUACAGGUGAUAUCGAGAAGAUGUACAGGCAAGUUCUCGUACGUCCUGAAGAUCGACUAUAUCAGCGAAUCCUGUGGCGCAAUGGAAAGGAGCCAGUGAGAACCUUUGAACUAAACACAGUGACUUUUGGACUCUCGGCAGCUCCAUACCUGGCAAUUCGAUGUCUGCAUCAACUUGCCAAUGAUGAGGGCCAUCGUUAUCCAGCCGCAGCAAAGGUACUCCAGCGUGACCUGUACGUCGACGACCUGCUCACUGGGACACAGACAAGAGAAGAAGCUCUUGAAUUGCGAGAAAAUCUCAAUAAUUUAGUGAAGCUUGGCGGAUUCAACCUCAGGCAGUGGGCCUCUAACGAUCCAUCAAUCUUGGCUGACUUGGCACCAGACAGUGUCAAUCAACAUCUGCAGAUUGGAGACUCUACCACCUUAAAAACUCUGGGAAUUUAUUGGAACUCCGCAGCGGACACCAUCACAUAUGCAGCUAAGAUAUCAACGAAUGCCAUAAUUACCAAGCGCUUCGUCUUAUCUGAAACUGCAAAAAUCUUCGAUCCUCUCGGUCUUCUAUCACCAGUCGUCAUUAGACCCAAGAUGAUCAUGCAAAAAAUCUGGACGCUGAAGAUAGGCUGGGACACACCACUUCCAUCUGAGGUUCAAAGCGAAUGGUUUCAAUUCUACGAUCAACUUCACUUGAUCAGCAAGAUGACAUUCCCACGCCUUGCACUCCAAGAAAAGUUCAGAGAAAUCCAACUUCAUGGAUUCAGCGAUGCCAGCGAAGAAGCCUAUGGAGCAUGUGUCUACCUUCGUUCAGUAGGAAGUAAUGGGGAGGUCAACACUGCACUGCUUUGUGCAAAAUCUCGUGUUGCGCCUCUCAAACGAUUAACUAUUCCGAAACUCGAACUUUGUGGGGCACAGUUGCUCAUCAAGCUCAUGCAAGGUAUCAAAAGGACCAUGACCAUCAACAUCGAUCGGAUUGUUUACUGGACUGAUUCCACCAUCGUUCUACAUUGGAUCCACACACCAGCACAUCAAUUACAGACCUUUGUCUCCAAUCGCGUGGCAAACAUUCAGGCCAGGUCUGAACCAGCCGAUUGGAGACACGUAAGGACUCAUGAGAAUCCAGCUGAUCUCGUAUCCCGUGGACAGGACAUCAAAGAUUUCAUCACCUCCAACAUUUGGUUCGAGGGUCCCUCAUGGCUUCAAGCAGAGGAAAACAGCUGGCCGGUGCUGGAUCUCCAGUUUUCACAUCCGCCAUCAGAGAUGAAGAAGAGAUUUUGUCACGUGGCCUAUAAACCAAGAGGAAGGACGCCCUCGCAGCAGAUGAGCUGA